AUGCUCAUAGCUUUUAAGGCUUGCUAUUCUUCCUGGAGUACAGCUAUUUUGAUAGAAACAUUCGGUCUCCUGUCCUCCAACAGCCCGUUCAAAGCGUCCUCGGACCUCAAAGCAUUUUUGAACGUUCCCGCCUCAGCACUUGUGCUUGCUCAAAUUACCCAAGUACUUCCAAGUAAUGUCAAGGGGAAAUCAUUCCUGUGGAUAUUUGGCCUCGCAACGAUAGUUCCAUAUUUUGCGAACGUAUGGACUAUAUAUGCCGCUGAAAAUGGGAUCGUCCAGAAUCAUCCCAUUGCGCAUCUGAUGGAGAACGCCAGGCUCGAGUUCCACCAGACUCUUGAUAAGCAGUCCAGAACAUAUACAGCUGCAUGCGAGGAGUAUCGGCAUCGUUAUAAAGUUGAGCCGCCACCGGGAUUCGAGAAAUGGUAUCAAUUUGCAGCUGCUCAUCAAUCGCCGAUACUUGAUAAUUUCGAUGUGAUAUAUAACAGUGUACGACCCUUGUUGAAUUUGAGCGGCAGAGAGAUCAACGAAAACAUUAAUAAGGCACGCAACUUGCCUGGUAACGAGCUCUGGUCCUGUACGUUCCUUGGCAGCCUUCUCAAAACAAAAUGCUCGCAUGAUAAUCGCGUGUUUGAUCGGAAUAUCCAGCAGUCAUUUGACAGUUUACUCGAAAAUAUACCUGCAACUCUCCCUGACGUUACGUUUCUCGUCAAUCACCUUGAUGAACCGAGGAUAAUUCUACCGCCACCGAUCAAUCCCCCCUACGAUUUGAACAUAAAGAGUCAGGCUGGACAAGCAACAUGGCAUACUGUAUCGAAUGUUUGCGCCCACAAAGUCGAGAAGGCUCAAACCCAAGAGCAGAACUCAGCCAAGCAUUCCGAACUUCCAUUUGUCGUUGAUCCUGCGCUGGACCAAGAUUUAUGCCUGCAUCCUGAAUACAACACAAUGCAUGGGGUGUUUCUCAGUCCAACGUCCUUCCGUCCAAUAGAGGGGCUCGUCCCAGUGCUUUCGACCGGUUCUCUAUCGACCAUGGGCGAUAUCCUAUAUCCGAGCCCCGCAUACAUGGAAGCAGAAUUCGAGUAUAGUGCUAGCAAGGACAUCGAGUGGGAAAAGAAACAGAACAAGCUUUAUUGGGCUGGUUCUACUACGGGUGGGUUCGCCUUGAAUGACCAUUGGCGACAGUUCCAACGACAGAGGUUUGUCAGUCUGGUGCAAAACCAAGAGCGACGAAGUUUUUCCUAUCUAUAUCAGAGCAGAGCCGGCUCGGUCAAUCUUACGAAAUCAACAUUUCUCAAUAGUAGGUUGUUUGACGUCGCGUUUACUCGAAUAUUCCAAUGUGAAACCAAGUACUGCCGCGACCAACGGCGCUACUUCCAUACCCACUCCUGGGCAGACAAAGACAAAGGCUUUCAAUCGCGGCUGGUGUUCGACUUGGACGGGAACGGCAUCAGUGGGCGAUUUUACAGCUUGUUAGCCUCGAAAUCAGCUCCCCUCAAACAAACGCUAUUUCGAGAGUGGCACGAUGAUCGUCUAAAGCCGUGGGUGCAUUAUAUACCGGUCAGCCAGAGCAUGGACGAACUGCUUGAGAUAGUGAGGUAUUUUUCGUCUCGGACGGGACAAGAGAAGGCUAGAGAGAUUGCUGAAAAUGGUCAUGAUUGGUUCUCCAAGUCGUUCCGGCCAGUGGAUUUGACUAUAUAUCUUUAUCGGUUGCUAUUAGAGUUGGCGAGAUUGCAGGAUGUCGAUCGACCUGCUCUGCAGGCAGUGGGAGAAACACUAUGA